GGUGGACAAGUUCAUUUACAUGCAUACGUAUAUUCACGCUACUAUAUAUAGACGUUAUCUUAGGGACUAGCAGCCUAAUAAGUUUCUGCAGCAGCUCCACGCACCGGGCGGGCGCGUGCGUGCGUGCGUGCGUCUAUAUAUACACCGCACAGGCUUUGAUUCCUCUUCGCAAUCUGUAUCCGAGAGGGCUCCCCGCCGUCGGUUUGGCCGUGAGGGCAGGAGUCGUCGCAUGGACUGACAUGGCCACCGACCUCGCCAUGAGCGCAGAGCUGCCCAACAGCCCGCUGGCCAUAGAGUACGUCAAUGACUUUGACCUGAUGAAGUUCGAGGUGAAGAAGGAGCCGCCGGAGGCCGACCGCUACUGCCACCGCCUCCCGUCCGGGUCGCUCUCCUCCACCCCCAUCAGCACGCCCUGCUCAUCCGUGCCUUCGUCCCCCAGCUUCUGCGCCCCCAGCCCCGGCGCGCAGCCCAACCAGAGCCUCUCCAGCGGCGUCAACGGCGGCGGCGGCAGCAGCAACAACAGCGGCGGCACCAACAACCACGGCGGCGCCGGCAAACCGCAGCUGGAGGACCUGUACUGGAUCCCCAGCUACCAGCACCACAUCAACCCCGAGGCGCUCAACCUGACCCCCGAGGACGCGGUGGAGGCGCUCAUCGGCAACGCGCACCACCACCACCACCACCACCAGGCCUACGAGGGCUUCCGCGGCCCGCAGUACGUGGGGGAGGACCUGUCCACGGCGUCGGCGGCCCACCACCACCAGGCCCACCACCACCACCACCACCACCACGGCCACCACGCGCGCCUGGAGGACCGCUUCUCCGACGAGCAGCUGGUCAGCAUGACCGUGCGCGAGCUCAACCGGCAGCUGCGCGGCUUCAGCAAGGAGGAGGUGAUCCGGCUGAAGCAGAAGCGGCGCACGCUGAAGAACCGGGGCUACGCGCAGUCCUGCCGCUUCAAGCGCGUGCAGCAGAGGCACAUGCUGGAGACCGAGAAGUGCACGCUGCAGAACCAGGUGGAGCAGCUGAAGGCGGACGUGGCGCGCCUCGCCAAGGAGCGGGACCUGUACAAGGAGAAGUACGAGAAGCUGGCGAGCCGGUCCUACAACGCCGGCGGACCGGCGAACACUAGAGAUCCGUCCGCGAAGCAGCCCGGCACCGACUUCUUCAUGUGAGCGGCUGUGGACGGCUGAUUUGUAGCAUAGACUGUGACCUGCCCCCUCCAAGUCAUC